AUGAACUUGGCUUGCGUUGGGGAUAGUAGUAGUAAGCCUCUGCCUUUAACAAAUCUGUGCAGGCAGUGGAGGACCCUCCAUGUUGGAGAGCGAGCGUCCCUCGUGAAAGCUUUCAGUGCAAAGGACGUCGCUCUUUUCGCGGAACUCACCGGGGACACGAACCCUCUACACCUUGAUCGAGACUACGCCAAAACCACCUCUUUUGAGACCCCCAUUGUCCAUGGUGUCCUCAUCAAUGGGCUCAUCUCAGCAGUUCUGGGGACUAAAAUGCCAGGAAAGGGUUGCAUAUUUCUCUACCAGGAAAUUCGCUUCCCAGCCCCCCUGUAUGUCGGAGAGGAAGUGGUGGCCGAGGCAGAGGUGAAGAAGAUCAAAAUGUCAUUUGCUUUCAUUUCGGUUCUAUGCUCUGUGAAAGAUAAAGUUGUGCUGGAGGGAGAGGUCAUGAUCAUGAUGCCAGAGCAUGCACAAGGGCCUUAA